AUGAGCAUCUCAUACAACAUCAACCUCCGAAUCUACCUACACAAAUGCUUGCUCACUUUAUCCAGAAAGCUCAAUCUAAAAAUCCAGCCUGUUGCCACUGCUCAGAUCUACUUGUCGAGGUUUUUGAUCACUGUGUCCAUCAAGGAAAUCAACCUAUACUUGUUGAUAGCCACCUGUGUUUAUUUGGCUUGCAAAAUCGAAGAGAGUGCCCACCACAUUCGAACUGUGUUGUCUGAAUCAAGAAACUUGUGGCCUGAGUUUAUCCCCAACGAUAUAACAAAGCUCGCUGAGUUUGAGUUCUACUUAAUUGAUGAGCUAGAACAUUGUUUGGUAGUGCAUCACCCUUACAAGUCCUUGAUUCAGUUGAAGAAUGUAUUGAGCACGUAUGACUUCCAAAUUCUUGCUGGUUCAAAUGAGGAUACAACCUUGGUCAAUGCUAAUUCUGUUGCUAACAACAAAGCUUAUUCUAGCGAGAACAAUCUCCUUGCCUCCACUCUAAUGAACAACUCUGGAUCUUCAGCCAGCAGCUUGUCAAUCAAAAAUAUUCAACUAACCGAUGACGAGAUCCAAGCUGCGUGGUCAUUUAUAAAUGAUUCAUAUAUAACUGAUUUGCCCUUAAUUGUUCCUCCACAUAUAAUUGCAAUUUCUUCUAUUUUUUUAUCCAUCUUCAUCUCAAAAAAGUUGUCCAUGUCAAAUUAUCUAAAUUUAAUUAAACAAAAUGAGAGAUUGCUUUUCUUAAUCAAUUUUAUUGCAUUUUCAAAGAUCAAUUUAAAUCAAAUCAUUGAAUCAAUUCAAGAAAUUUUAAUUCUCUAUGAAUCUUGGAGCAAAUAUGAUGAAAAAUCAAUUAAAGAUGAUAUUAAGUUUUUGCUACUAAAUCGUUAA